AUGACCGAAUCGGCCGAGAAGUUCCGAGUGAUAGACCAUAGAUUCCUUAGGUGCCCAGAGUUGAUCCACGUCGACAAUCAGCGCCACAUCCUGUUUGCUACGGAGCAACAACUGUCCCUCCUCAGAAAAUCCAGGCGCUGGUAUCUGGACGGAACGUUUAAGGUACGGAAGGAUACCUUCAAACAGCUUUACUCCGUACACGCAUUCCUUCAGAAGGACAACUCCUGCAAGCAGGUUCCUCUGGCUUUCAUCCUGAUGUCCAGCCAGAGGACGCAGUACUACGAAGCUGUAAGUGAUUGGUCAUUAGAUAAAACAAAUAUAUAUCAUUGACUUUCUGAUAUUCUGUAUUAGUAGAAUCUUGCUGUUCAGGGCUUUGUAAUGGAUUUCAAGUCAGCCUGUUGGACAGCAGUGAGGACCGUCUUCCAUGGAGCAGAGCUGAAGGGGUGUUCGUUCCACUGGGCUCUGGCCGUUCUGAGGAAGGUUGGCAGUCUUGGUCUGCGGUCAACGUAUGACCAGCGACAGGGAGUACACCAGUAUGUGAAGCAGGUCCUGGCCUUACCCUUCUUACCUUCCGCACAGAUUGAGUCGGUAUUCCAUAGCCUCAGAGUGAGGGCCAACACGCCGGAACUGCGUGACCUCGUCGGAUACAUCGACCGGCAGUGGAUACGAAGCAGCAGGCUCACUGGUCAGCAUCCAGAUGAGACUGGGGUCCGAGUCAUCACUCCAGAUGCACCAGAGGACGACCUACCGCCGAAUCCAGGGGAAGGUAGCGGAGCUGUGGGACCAGUAUGA